UAUAUGCGCAAUUAUUCACGCUUUGUUGUAAAAUAUUUAUUGAAAAUAAAUAUAGAUAAAUAUACAUCUCUGAAAACAUUUCGGAUAUAUAUUUCUCCUUGCCUCAUCGCAUUCUUUGAUAAUUUUAUAAUAUCGCUUAGAUUGGUCAUGUUACUCCAAACUAGUUUUGAACCAAAUAUUUAUAUCAGAGAAAGUUUCGUAUCGGAUGUCAUCUCUCGUCACGAUUGGCUAUUGAGGCGAAGGGUCGAAGGGAAGAUUACCGAGAAACCGAGAUAACUUUUUUGAAACACGUUUCAACUUUCAUAACGUGAGAAAAGAAGAAAGAAGUUUUGACUAUUCUCUCUUAAACCGGAACGAAAUGCCGAAACCCAAAGGAAGAAAUGCGUUUUUUUUCUUUAUGCAAGAAUGGAAAAAGCGCGCGGAAGCGCAGGGUCGUAAAUUUCCGAAUGGGCUGAAAGAUGUUCAAGCAGAUCCGGAAUGCAAUGAGGAGUGGCAAAGUUUAACUAAACAAGAAAAAGGUCAAUAUGAAGCUAUGGCAAAACAAGAUAAAGUUGCAGGACAAAUACAGAACAAAGAUAAGAAAACAACCUCUGGAGAAUCAAGUGAUCGUGCACAAAAAGAAAAGAAGACGAAGCAAGCCAUUAAAGAUAUGCAUGAAAAUAUAAAAUUUUCUAUUGACACAGCUAUAAAUCUCAAUAUUUUGCCAAAAUCAAAAUUUUGCUUUAUGCAUAUUAAUUCUUUCUUUUCGAAGAUUGUUGACAAUGACCUUGAAUAUUUUCCGGCCGAAUAUGCGAUAGGAAUUUUUUCACUUGAAAAUGGUAUAGAAGAUGUACAUCAUAUAAUUGUUAGUGCUGAUAUUCCAUUAGGAACUAGACGGGCAGCACUUGAAAUGAGUCAAAACUUUCAUAAUAUACCUGUAGAAUAUCAAGGUGGAGAAACUGAUUUUGCUGUUAUGUAUGCAAAAUUGAUAACUUUUCUAGAACCUAGAAAAGUUGUGAACAAAUAUCCUCCUCUUUAUACAACAAGAAUUUGUUUCAAAGCAGUGCAAUCUGUAUUAGGAAAAUUGUGUGACGCAGCACAACAAGAUAGAGAUGAUUUCAAGGUUUAUGAAUUGGAAGCAUUGUUUAUACAUUUGGCAAAUGAAGCUUACAAAAAAAGAACAGAUGUAGAAAUAAAGUAUAUUCCUGUUUAUGCCGAACGCAUGUUUACACGCUACAAGUAUAUCCAUGAAAAAGGCUUUGAAUGUUCUUUUCACAAAUUUGUCGAUGGAGGAUCUGAACAUUGCAGUAAAUCUAUAUUGCAACAAUGGGCAUGGAUAUUGUGUGAGGAAUUUUGUAAAUCAUUAGAAGUGAAUAUGUGCCCAGGAAUACAUUAUCCCGACAAAUCUGAUGCUGCUACCUUAACAUAUUCGAUUAGCAACUUAAAAGUUGAUGAUUCUUGUGAAUCUAAACCUGAGAAUACACUAUUAUCAAUGACAGGUGUAAGUGAAUAUCAUAGAUUGAAAGUGUCUAGUAGGUCAUAUCAAGAUGAACUGCGUCGUCGGAUUGAAUCAAAACCAGUGCAAGUUAUUGAUUAUAGCAAAUUGAAUGAAUUUGUUGCUGACUCUGUUGAUAAAUCUGUUGAUAAGCUAGUUGAUAAACCUCCUGAUAAACAAGUUGAUAAACCUGCUGAUAAACCAGUUGAUAAAUCUUCUAAUGCUUGGAAAAAACAUGUGCCAAGUUAUUUGGGUGAACAAUCAUUGCGACCUCCAAAUAUCGAAAACUCAUAUGUUAUUGGCGCUUCUAUCAUGGAUGAUUAUAUGUCGAUGGAUGACGAGAGUUUUCCUCCUAUUGGUGGAAGAGGUGUGCCACACAAAUCCAUUCAAAUGAUAAAAAGGAAGCCACCUUUAGGCAAAGGGCAAGGACACGCAUAACAGAUUUUCGAAAAUAUACCAGUUAUAUGAAUUUUGACAAUUAUGAACAUUACAUUAAGGAAAUAUAUUAUUCACUUUUUUACAAAAAAAUAGACAAAAACCAAAGAAAAAAUAUGAUAUACGAGAAAAUAAUUUUAAUUUUAAUUAUAAACUGAUAAUUUUGUUUACGUUAUAAACUUUAUGCAUAUACAAGAAUUUAUUUGAGAAUAUAAAAGAAUUUCUAGAGUAUUUUUUUUAUGUUUAUGAAACUUUGUAUAUAGCAAAAAAAUAAUUACUUUAAUCAUAAAAUCAUUACUAGGUUAUCCAAUAAAUAUAAUACAAUGUUAUUCAUUUUUAUAUCAUUAAAUAACACUAUAU